AUGUUUGCAGGCAACAACACCCGCGCCCAGACGUCGACCGCGACGCGGCGACUCAUGAAGGAGUACCGCGACCUCACGGCCGACCCAAUCAAUGACACACUCACGGCUGGCCCGGUGUCGGAGGACAAUAUGCUCGAGUGGGAGGCUUUGAUCCAGGGGCCAGAGGACACGCCGUAUGAGGGCGGCGUGUUUGCGGCCAAGCUUACAUUCCCACCCGACUACCCACUCAACCCGUUCAAAAUGGUGUUUGACCCCCCUCUGCUGCAUCCGAACAUCUACCCUAGCGGCGCCGUCUGCAUCUCCAUCCUCCACCCUCCCGGCGACGAUCCGCUGCGAUACGAGUCGGCGUCCGAGCGCUGGUCGCCGGUCCAGGGCGUUCGCAGCGUCCUCCUGAGCGUGCUGAGCAUGCUUGCCGAGCCGAACAUCGAGUCGGGCGCCGACGUCGAGUGCUGCAAGCUCUACCGCGAGAACAAACCCGAGUUUGAACGCCGCGUCCGCGAGCAGGUGCGCAACCUCCUCGGCCUCUAA